CAAAUUCAGCGGACCGCACUGGAUGUUGCCGCGAUGGACGUCGCCCAGAUACGAAGCAUCUCAUUGGAGUUGCAGGCGAAGGACUUGAAGCGACAACAGAAGGCCUUGAAGAGUUUGCAAGGGCUUGUGAGCAAAGGCAAUAACAUCAGUUCUGUGCUUCCGCUGGUGCUGGAGUUGUUAGACGAGAAGUCCCUGCGCUCGGACGCCGCGGCGGUGCUGAGCGCGGUGGUGGCGCUGCCCGCCACGCGCGAGCAGUGCAGUAGUUUUUCCAGCCUCAUCAGCGGCCUUUUUCAAGCCUUGGGAAAGUCCGAUGCCCGUGUUGUCAUGGUGAUUUUGUCUUCAUUGGAGCAGCUGCUUCCAGAGGACAUUGUAAAGCUCUUGGGUGUCUUCGACCCAGAGACAUUGAUGAGGCGAGCUUUAGCACAACCGGCAGCCACGCGGCCGUUGGUCUUCAAGACCUUCGGAGGUCUUUUGGUGAAGUGCUGGCCUUGCGUCACAGCUGGCUACGACCAUGAUCUUCCAAGCACAUGCGUGGAAGCAUUGAGGAUGGCUUUUGCACUGCUGGCAUCCGACGAGUCAGAUGAGUUAGUCUUGGCCUCCGCUGCGGUGCUAGAUGAGUUGAUGCUGGCUUACUUGAACGUGUCAGUGGCACCCAUGGCUAUGGUAGCCUUCUUUCAUCCUGCCUGGGAGUUUCGGUCCAUCUAUGGGACGUUGUUGAUGGAGGUCCUUCGAGAUCUGCGGAUGGCAUUGCCACAGCUGAUUGCUUUGAAGGAUCCUGACUGCAUUUGGCUGCCCAACCGGGAUCAGGCCAUAGAGCUGAACAAAGCUGCGGGUUUGCCUCCUCGGCAAGGUGUUGAGAGCAUCACUGACCAGGAGGCUCUAGCCGUAGAGGCUGGAUGCUUUCGUGCCUCUUUGCUCUGGUUCUUGGCCUUUGGGGGUGGUCUUGCACGCAAUCAGGACGGAGGCCACGACUCCACGCUGCUGGUGGACCUGGGCCGUGCGACGCGCGGAGGCGCCGCGCGCGAGCUGCGCUGGGGCGAUCUGCCGCCGCCGCCAGCAGAACUCGUCGCGAAGUUAGCCGAGUGCAGCGCAUUCCGGGGGAAGUGGGGCGCCCUCUUCGCGAGUGCGCGGGCGCAACUGGUGCAGAUGAUGAUGCGCUUUUGUCACAGUGCUGAUAUGAUGCAAUGCCGCGACCUGGUUUUGACCACGGCUGAGAAUCUCUUGCAGCUGGGGAAUGACGUUUUUCAGCAAAGCUACUUGCGUUUCUUCCUCUCUGAAUGUCUUUCCAGCGCCAUCAGUCUCUGGCAUGUCAUGGGAAAGCAACUGAAAGAAGGUGCUGCUUUAAACUCGCGGGCCUGCUCCAUUUGCGCAGACGCUUUGGUCAUGGGAGCCGUCAUGGCACCCAAGACCUGCGCGACUGCUCCGCAUCUGCUGCGGUUGAUGGUGAUGGCGGCCAAAGUCUUUGUACUGCGUGCGGGAAGAGGGGACGUGGAAUUGCUGCCCGCUGCUGUGCGGAAGAUCGGUCAAGAGAAGAUGCCGGCAUUGGCUGUAGCAGCUCUGGCUCGUGCCUGCUGGAUGGUGAAAGAUCUAGUGGAGUUGAAGGCGCUAGUUGAGGGAAUCGUGCAACAGCACCUGUUAGGCCUGCUGCUGGAGACGGCGGACGAUAGUCCAAUAGCACAGGCUUCCGCUUGGUUGUUGAUUUCCGUUGCACAAGUGACGGGCUGCCAGAACGCCUUGGUCGAUGUUUUCAAUCGCGGAGAGUUGCUGGGCAAGUCGCCCGCGAUCCUCCUUGCUGCAGCUUCCUUGGAUACUCUGGGGAGCUUGACUCAGAGUUCUCGUUCCAAUAUGGCAGAAGUGCUGAGGCAAACUGAUCUGCCAGGUGCAGAGUGGACAGCCUAUCGGGAAACAUUGGCCAAGGCACUGACGCAAGGACAAUCACAAGGAGUCUUUACAACACCCCUAGCCUCUUCGGGAGCAUCCGCUGCCAGCUUUGCUCGCUGGCUCCAUUUGCUGAGAGACUGCGAGCAGCCCCAGCCUCAGGGUGGCGAGUCUUCGAAGAUGAUCCCUUUGUCGGGGCCGCCCCUCUUCGUCUAUGCCCAGCCGAUCCACAGCUGGGUCUCAAGUGAGUGCCAUGUCACGCUGCGCAUUGACCUCUUCAACGCCACGGCACUCAGUAUCCGUGACGUGCAGGCAGUCCUUUCCAUUAGCCGCCCCACACGAAUGGGAGAACGAGGAGAGAAGAUGGCACCCUGGCACUUUGCAGAAGGCUUGGUGCGUCCAUUGACCAGUUCACCACUUGAAUACAUCCCGUGCCGAAGCAGUGCGACGAUCUGGCGGGACGUCUACCUGCGCUUCCCUCCCAAGCCGAUGAGCUUGUCGUUGUCCUUCAGCUACGAGAAGGUCAUGCCGGAGACCAACCUGUCGGGGCUCACGCCGGCCAGCACUCCGAUGACGCGAGGCGGCGGUGAAGACUUAUGGAGCGAUGAGGAAGAGGAGGACCAUCCACGGCUACAUUUCACCUGCCUCCCCAUCUCAGCAGCGCUCUCAUGGUACUUCGAACCCUUUCUGGGCUUCGACGAGAGCAGAGCCUUUCCACCACCUUUACUCUUUGCCGCGUGUCCACACAGCAAGACUUCAGAGGCCAAGGAGUUGGGCGUGACCAGCCGGUGGACGAUGAAAGGCUUUCACCAGAUCUCGCCGCCCUCGACGGAUCCCGGCCGAACCUGGCGCCAGGGAGAUUGCAAGUGCUUCGCAGGCAUAGGCUGCGAUUUGCAGAGCCUCCUCUGCUUUAUACUGCGAGAAUCGGAAUCGACGCUGGAAGUGCGGUCCAACAAUGAAUGGCUUCUGCAAGCCGUCACAGCAGAUUUGAUGUUCUGGCUCUUGGCUGAUGGAUGACCUGCUUGACAAUCCAAGCAAAAAGGUUGGCUUCUGCCACUGUACCUGCAACGGCCCAGUCGAACUUGCCAG